UACUUCAUCUGCCAAUGGGGUUUUAGCAGUGGAGACCCCGGAAAUGGAAGUUGAGUUGUGAUUUGGCAGGGAGCACCAUGGCAGAGUCGUACGUAAAACCAGGUAAUCAGGAAAAGGGCUGGAAUGACCCUCCACAGUUUUCUUAUGGCCUGCAGACACAAGCUCAAGGGGUACAGAAGCGCAAUUUCUUGAAUAAACGAGUACCCCCACCUCAGCUGGAUGGGUCCCAGGUUUCUUUGCCGAGUGGAGCCCCACUACCUGCCAAACCUUUAUCUCCUACUUUGCCACUGGCUCCACCUCCAUCCACAGUGGUCCUGCCUGCCCGCAGGCUAUCUGCAGUGGACUGCACAGCCCUGUCGGCCUCGACUCAUACAGAGUGUGAGGCCACUAUAGAGGAUGUGAUGGGGUUACUGGACUGGGCACUGACAGCCUGUAGGACGACAGUCAAGAGGCAGGUUUGUGAUGAAGUUAGUAAACGGCUCACCCUGUUCCAAGAGAUGUGGAUCAGUGGAAAGCUAUCGUCUCCUGUAAAGAAGAGAAUGUACUAUCUGGCAGAAGAAUUGAAAAAACAGAACUGGGACUCUGCUGAUGAGACUCAUCGCUCCCUGAUAGUGGAUUAUGUCAAUGAAGUCAGCCAAUGGAUGGUGGGGGUGAAAAGGCUAAUUGCAGAGACCAGAAACCUCCCUACUGAAGUCCUAAAUGCUGAGGUGGAAGGACCAAGCCCAAAAGAAGACACAACCCAGAACACCCAAUAAGACUAAUAAAAAAGAGUAGAAGUCUAUAUAUAAGACAUUUUGCUGUGAUGACAGCAGCUGUAGUCAGCAAGUUUGGGAUUUCUUUUUUUGAACGCAAAGCUGCUGAUGUUGUUUCAUGACAUACAAACAGUUUGAAAGAGUAUGCUCUGUUGUUCCAUGCAAUCAGUUAUCGUAAUACAUAGGAACAUAAUUUUUUUUCUUUAAAAAAAAAAAAAAAAAGCUUUAUACUGCUAAACAGUUGAAAUUAUUGUACUUUAUUGAAUGGAUCAUUUGGUUUGGAGAUGGUUAUGUUUGGUGGCUGUAUUAUUUUAAAUUGAUACCAAUGAUAUUGACAUUUUUUCAUAAAAUUGGUGACAGGUAUGAUGAUACAAUUGUGUGUGAUGAAACGAUUAAUAAUUAGUGGCUUCACCUAUGAUAGGGGUAGGUACCCUUCUCUCUUCCUUUUCACUCCAUUCCAUUCCAUUGCAGGAUGAUUUUUUUCCAACCCUGUUGAAGAACAGUGACAUAAUCAAGGACCUGAUUAGGCCAACUCAUUUAGCUGAUUUCCCUUGAUGCUGGUCCGGUAGUGUAGGUCUUGAAGUUUUCGAGUUUUAUUGGUUAACACAUGAUAUCCCUUCAAACUUAUUUUGAGCCGAUUCUGUUUCCUAAUUAUACCCAGGAAAAGCUGUUCAUCACAAAACAACAUCAUUUGUUUUUACCUUCA